AAGUUCCAAUUUCUUUUUAAAGUCACUUUAACUGAAGUCUCUUUGCUGCCUUUGAAAUCUUUGGAGAGAGCUCACCAUCAAGCAUUCUUAGUAUGGGAGCACCUGCUGGUUCUAUCAUAAUGAAAUGGCUGGUAUGGGUGCUCCUGCUCUGCUCCUCUGUGAUGGCACAGCAGCACAGAGAUUCCACUCUGGAUCAUCACUGGGAUCUCUGGAAGAAAACCUAUGGGAAACAAUACAAGGAACAGAAUGAGGAAGUAGCACGGCGUCUCAUCUGGGAAAAGAAUCUAAAAACUGUGAUGCUUCACAAUCUGGAGCAUUCAAUGGGAAUGCAUUCAUAUGAUCUAGGCAUGAACCACCUGGGAGACAUGACCAGUGAAGAAGUGAUAUCUUUGAUGAGUUCCCUGAGAGUUCCCAGCCAAUGGAAGAGAAAUGUCACUUACAAGUCAAACCCUAAUCAGAAAUUGCCUGAUUCUCUGGACUGGAGAGAGAAGGGGUGUGUUACUGAAGUGAAAUACCAGGGCUCUUGUGGUGCUUGUUGGGCUUUCAGUGCUGUGGGAGCCCUGGAAGCACAAGUGAAGCUGAAAACAGGAAAGCUGGUGUCUCUGAGUGCACAGAACCUGGUGGAUUGCUCAACUGAAAAAUAUGGGAAUAAAGGCUGCAAUGGUGGCUUCAUGACAGAGGCUUUCCAAUAUAUCAUUGAUAACAACGGCAUCGAUUCAGAAGCUUCCUAUCCCUACAAAGCCAUGGAUGAAAAGUGCCAGUAUGAUGCAAAAAAUCGAGCUGCCACUUGUUCAAGGUAUACUGAACUUCCCUUCGGCAGUGAAGAUGCCUUAAAAGAAGCUGUGGCCAACAAAGGACCUGUGUCUGUUGCUAUAGAUGCACGCCAUUCUUCUUUCUUCCUCUACAGAAGUGGUGUCUACUAUGAUCCCUUGUGUACUCAGACUGUGAAUCAUGGUGUACUGGUGAUUGGCUAUGGUAACCUUAACGGGAGAGACUACUGGCUUGUGAAAAACAGCUGGGGCCUCAACUUUGGUGACCAAGGAUAUAUACGGAUGGCAAGAAAUAGUGGAAAUCACUGUGGGAUUGCUAGUUAUCCCUCUUACCCGGAAAUCUAGAGGACCUCUUUGUUUUAUAACAAUUCAAGAAAGAAGAAACACUUUCUCACAAUUUAAUUUUACCUGCUGUAACCAGUAGAAAUGUGUGUCAUGAUCAAUGUAUAUUUACUGUACUAACAGAAAAUAUAGUUUGAUUCAUCUACUUUUUUAACUUUGCAGAUCUUGGGUAACAGUUUGCUAAGUAAAUUAAUAAUGUACUAUAGAUAUAACUGUACAAAAACUGGUCAACCUGAGAUAAUCUGUCAUGUUUUUCAUUGUCUUAUUUUAUUUGUCCUUUUAAGUCCCCUGAUAUCCUGCUGAACCUCGAUGGCAUAUAGAUGCUUAAUAAAUAACUGCCUUUUCAACUUUGUAUCAAUACCAUGAGUCAGGAGACAGAUGGGCCCCCGGGGCAAAUGGUUUGAGUUCUUUCCUUGUGGACUGAUACUCCGACAUGGGAAUAACAGGACAAUUGAGAGAGGAGGCUGGGCCCUGCCCAGACAGAAAAUAAAAGACCACAUAUUUCUCAUUCCUGAAGUCAGGAGACCUCCCGGACUACACAUGCGCAGAAAGUCUCCUUGGAGGUCAAAAGGAGAGUGAUGCCAAGUGGCCAAAUCUACCCAUAGGCCUCUUCGGUAGAAUCCAUCUUGGCUAAGAGAUGUGCAUGCACACAUGGGAAAAUCCUGAGCUAUACCAAAUUCAGACUUUGAACCAGGCAAAUCAAAAUGAUUGGCCAAAGGAAACCUGGAAAGAAUGCCCUAUAUAAGUGAUUUAAACUGCCACCAGGGAGCGACUUUUUCUGAGCCCGCUCGUGUGUCUAUCCACAAGUAC